UAUAGUUAUUGAAUUAGUAUACCAAGUUGGAUACUAUUUGGGUAUUGAGACUGUUAAGAAUUAAAAUCAAAAAUAAACAAUAGACCAAUUAGUUCAGGAAUGCAAAAUGACACACGUUAAUAGAUAAUAUUGGAUCACUUUACAAAGUUUUAUGUCUAUAUACAGAUGGACAUAUAUCAUACUGUGGCGUUUAUCUAAGCCAAAAAAGGGUGUGUGUGUGUUCUCGAUUUUUUCACAAACGCGCAGACAAAUACCAAACGCUGGUCUACGAAGCGCUACUGCAAUUACAAAUAAAAGGUUAUCUCAAGAGCACUGUGGUUCCACUGAUUGAACAAAAUGUCGCGGGAUAAUAAAGGAUAUGUAAAUGACUAUGAGGGGAAAAGUGGUUUCAGUGAUAUCGCUCUUAAAGAGGCACAUCCAAACAAUUAUGGUGUUAAAGAGGCAUACCCGAUGGACGCAAUACAAAAUGGAUCACCAGUCAAUGAUUAUAGCACCAUGGACCCUAAAGAUAUUAAAAGGGCUAAACUUCGAAUAUACAAAAACAUCAUUGUUGUCAGCUUUGGAUUUCUCUUUAACUUCACUGCAUUUUCAUCAUUAUCAAACCUUCAGAGCAGCCUGAAUAAGGAGGAAGGUCUCGGCACAGGUGGACUCGCUGUGCUCUACGCAGCUUUAGUCGUAUCCUGUAUGUUCCUCCCUAAAUUCCUGAUUGCCCAUUUUGGAUGCAAAUGGACAAUAGUGGCUGCGAUUGUGUGCUAUUCGGCAUACAUCGCCGCUAAUUUCCACGCUGUUUGGGCGACAAUUGUCCCGGGGGCGAUAAUCCUGGGGUUUGGGGCAGCUCCCUUGUGGUCGGCGAAGUGUACCUAUGUGACAGAAGUCGGAAAGAAGUACGCGUUACUUUCUGGAGAGUCUAAGGAUGCAGUCAUCAAUCGAUUCUUUGGGAUUUUCUUCUUGAUAUUUCAGACAAGUCAAAUAUGGGGGAAUCUUAUAUCCUCAUUUGUGUUAAACAGACGAGUGGACAACUCUACUCGACCCUCCGAAGAGAUUCUGGCGCAAUGUGGUGCAAAUUACUGCAAGGAGCCAGAAAAUAAUCCAAACAGUCUUCUGAAGAAACCACCUAUAAGCCAGGUUCAUAUGCUAUGUGGUAUAUACGUGGCAUCUGCAUUCUUCGGUGCCAUAUUGGUUGCACUAUUCCUAGAUAAACUUGACAGGGAGGUGUCCGAGCAAGAAGAACAGCGGAGGGAGGCAGAAGCAAGAGCCAAUAAUGAGAAUUACGUUGAAAAAAGCAAAUCAGAAAAAUACAAGCCUGAACUUUUGAUAGCAACAUUUGCCCACCUGAGAGACAUAAACCAAGUCCUAUUGAUACCCCUAACCAUGUACAGUGGACUCGAACAAGCAUUCAUCACCGGGGAUUUUACUAAGGCGUUUGUGGGUUGUUCUCUCGGAAUAUGGAUGGUGGGGUUCGUCAUGAUCACAUUCGGGGUGACCAACUCGAUAUGUUCGUACCUGCUUGGAGCAGGAGUAAAGUACAUAGGAAGGCUCCCAUUUUUCUGUGCAGCCGCUGUGUUAAACUAUGGAGUUCAAGUGACGUUUCUGCUUUGGAAACCCCAUCCUGAUUAUUUACCUGUAUUCUUCGUGCUUGCCGCACUUUGGGGAAUGUCAGAUGCUGUCUGGCAGGCGCAGAUAAAUGCCUUGUACGGGUUUCUUUUCACUGACCAAUCAGAAGCCGCCUUUGCUAACUACCGGAUGUGGGAGAGCAUUGGAUUCAUAAUGGCGUUCGCUUACAGCAACUGGAUUUGCAUUACUGUAAAGAUUUAUAUUCUCAUGGGAUUCCUGACUGUGGGCAUGUUGGGAUAUUUCAUCGUCGAAUGGCGGCAACGUAAGCAUCGUUCAGCAGAUUUGGACUAA